GGAACUUUCCAGAACGCUCGGUGAGACGCGGAGGAGCGGCGGCUACCCGAGCUGCGCCCAGCAACGCGCUCCUUCCCGCUCCCCCACAUCGGCCUCGGCCCUCUCACCGGCUGUAGAAAAUGGUGAAAGAAACCACUUAUUAUGAUGUUUUGGGGGUCAAACCCAAUGCCACCCAAGAAGAACUGAAAAAGGCCUACAGGAAACUGGCUUUGAAGUACCACCCUGAUAAGAAUCCAAAUGAAGGAGAGAAGUUUAAACAGAUUUCUCAAGCUUAUGAAGUACUCUCUGAUGCAAAGAAAAGGGAAUUAUAUGACAAAGGAGGUGAACAGGCAAUUAAAGAAGGUGGAGCUGGUGGUGGUUUUGGCUCCCCUAUGGACAUCUUUGAUAUGUUUUUUGGAGGAGGAGGAAGAAUGCAGAGAGAAAGGAGAGGUAAAAAUGUUGUGCAUCAGCUCUCAGUAACCUUAGAAGAUUUAUAUAACGGUGCAACAAGAAAACUAGCUCUGCAAAAGAAUGUGAUUUGCGAUAAAUGUGAAGGCCGAGGUGGUAAGAAAGGAGCAGUUGAGUGUUGUCCCAAUUGCCGAGGUACUGGAAUGCAAAUAAGAAUUCAUCAGAUAGGACCUGGAAUGGUUCAGCAAAUUCAGUCUGUGUGCAUGGAGUGCCAGGGCCAUGGGGAACGGAUCAGUCCUAAAGAUAGAUGUAAAAGCUGCAAUGGAAGGAAGAUAGUUCGAGAGAAGAAGAUUCUAGAAGUUCAUAUUGACAAAGGCAUGAAAGAUGGCCAGAAGAUAACAUUCCAUGGUGAGGGAGACCAAGAACCAGGACUGGAACCAGGAGAUAUUAUCAUUGUUUUAGAUCAGAAGGAUCAUGCUGUUUUUACUCGGCGAGGAGAAGACCUUUUCAUGUGUAUGGACAUACAGCUGGUUGAAGCACUGUGCGGUUUUCAAAAGCCAAUAUCUACUCUUGACAACCGAACCAUUGUCAUCACCUCUCAUCCAGGUCAAAUUGUCAAGCAUGGAGAUAUCAAGUGUGUGCUAAAUGAAGGCAUGCCAAUUUAUCGUAGGCCAUAUGAAAAGGGUCGCCUCAUCAUCGAAUUUAAGGUAAAUUUUCCUGAGAAUGGCUUUCUGUCUCCUGAUAAACUCUCUUUGCUGGAAAAACUCCUCCCUGAGAGGAAGGAAGUUGAAGAGACUGAUGAAAUGGACCAGGUAGAACUGGUGGACUUUGAUCCAAAUCAGGAAAGACGGCGCCACUACAAUGGGGAAGCAUAUGAGGAUGAUGAACAUCAUCCCAGGGGUGGUGUUCAGUGUCAGACCUCUUAAUGGGGCCAGUGAAUAACACUGCUGGCAUCUUAUGUGCAGUAGUGAAUGAGUGAAGGACUAUAAUCAUAGCUCACUACUUGCUAUUGUUUUUGUUUUAAUAUUCAACUAUAGUAGUGUUUUAAAAGUUAAAUGAAGAAUAAACUCAAAUAUAAAAAAAAAAAAAAAAAAA